ACAUCCUGAAACAUUUGCAAUUCAAAAGCUUGCAUAUUAUUUACAAGUCUUUUUUUAGACCAUUCUCAAGUUUCAACACUAUAUACCAAUGGGUUUUCGUUUACCUGGUAUCAGAAGGGCGUCAUUAGCUGCAAACCAAACAUCUUCAAAAGCCGUGGACGUGCCAAAGGGCUAUCUUGCAGUGUAUGUUGGAGAGAAAAUGAAGCGGUUUGUGAUCCCCGUUUCAUACUUGAGCCAACCUUCAUUUCAAGACUUGUUGAGUCAAGCAGAGGAAGAGUUUGGAUAUGAUCAUCCCAUGGGUGGCCUCACAAUUCCUUGUAGCGAAGAUGUCUUCCAACAUAUAACUUCACGCUUGAAUGGGCUACAAUACAAGUCAUUCAAAAAAUUAAGAAUUCAAAUAUUUCUUUCUCACACAAGCUCUUGCAUUUAUUGUAUUGUUCUUGGUGUUUUGCAACAGAUAACAAUGGGUUUCCGUUUACCAGGUAUUAGAAGGGCAUCAUUUGCUGUAACCCAAGCAGCUUCCAAGGCUGUGAACGUCCCAAAAGGCUAUCUUGCAGUGUAUGUUGGAGAGAAAAUGAAGCGGUUUGUGAUUCCCAUUUCAUACUUGAGUCAACCUUCAUUUCAAGAAUUACUAAGCAAAGCAGAAGAAGAAUUUGGAUAUGAUCAUCCAAUGGGUGGUCUCACAAUUCCUUGCAGUGAAGAAGCAUUCUUAGACCUCACUUCUCGCUGACUAUAAAUCAUACGGAAGGAGACUAACAUAGAUUAGUUGAGGCAAACUGUACAGCUGGCACUUUUUAUUUUUCUUUUUAUCCUUAUUUUGUUAGUGGAAAAUGCCACUGAAUGAGAUAGUUAUGAACAAAAUAGACAUUUUGGUCAAAUUUCAAUUAAUUUAUAUACACUUUUCU